UAUUUUCAUUAAAUUUAUCAAAAAUCAUGUUUAGUUAAAAAAGACAUUUCAGAUAAUUGAAAUAAUCAUCAUUUUUAAGAAAUGUUAAAUAUUUUUUUUGUACAAUUAGUAGAAUAUUGAAGAAAACGACCAUGUCCUUGAAGAGAAUUUCCUACGAGGAGGAGAAGAAGAAAAAUCCUGAGUUGAAGGAUUCCGAUAUACAAAUUUUGAAAGAUUGGUGCGCAAAACAACCGCAUCUUCCGAAAAUCUUAGACAGUGAAUACGUGUUAUUCCUGCAUAGCAAUUAUUAUCGUAUCGAAGCUGCUAAGAACACUAUCGAAGCAUAUUAUACAUCCAGGACUCAUCUUGUAGAAUUUUUCUCCGAUAGAGAUCCACUUGGAACGAAACAGUUGAGAGAAGCGUUUAGAGUUACAGCACAGAUCACAUUGUCAAUGCCAACGAAGGAAGGAUACAAACUUGUCUAUACAAGAUUGAUAGAUUAUGAACCGUCGCAUUUUGUUUACAACGAUGCUAUAAAGUACUUUAAUAUGAUAAUGGACAUGUGGCUGUAUACUGAAGGAACCGCUAAGGGCCAUAUAAUUAUCGUGGACAUGGAAGGUGUUACCUUUGCUCACGCUGGCCGUCUCAGCCCCAUAGGGAUUAAAAAAUAUCUUUAUUAUCUACAAGAAGCUACACCAAUCAGACUCAUGGGUCUGCAUUUUGUCAAUACCAACGCGGUUAUGGAUAUCAUUUUGGCAAUGAUGAAGCCAUUCAUAAAGAAGGAAUUGAUGAAUGUGUUGCAUAUUCAUCCAACAAAGGAUACGCUCGCAAAGUUUAUACCAUUGGAAGCGUUCCCAUGUGACAUAAGUUUAGGUGGAAAAGCUAAGCCGCUGAAAGAACAGCACGAGGAACAAUUGAAAAAAUUGGAGGAUCAUCGGGAAUGGUUUCUGAAAGAUGAAGCUACAGGUCGGGUGAACGAAGCUUUGAGAGUCGGUGAAAGCAAGACGAUGGAUUUGUUCGGUGUCGAAGGAAGUUUCAAAAAACCGUUUUCAAUUGUUACAAUCAUGUCAAGAGUAAUAUUGCCGACUCGAUACGUCACUAUAGAAGAAGAGUGCAAACGCAAUCCGGAACUCAAAAUGUCAGAUCUGCAAAUAUUGAAAGAUUGGAUGGACAAGCAACCUCAUUUACCAAAUAUAGAGAUUAUGUAUCUUGUUUUAUUUCUUCAUAGUAAUUAUUAUCAUCUAGAGUCGACCAAAAGGACAAUAGACAAUUUUUUUACCUCAAGAACGCAUAUGCCGGAAGUGUUCUCCAAUAGAGAUCCGAUUGCAUGGAAAGAACUACGGAAAACUUUCACCGUCAUUGCGGCUGUACCAUUGGAACAGAAAACUAAAGAGGGAUACAUCAUGACAUUUGCCAAGCUUUUGGAUCCGGAUCCAAAUAAAUUUGACUAUCUCGAGAGUAUGAAGUAUUUAUUUAUGACAUGUGAAAUACAAAAUGUGAUAAGAGGCACCAGUGAGGGAUUAGUUGUGAUCAUGGACGCAUCGGGUCUAUCCUUUAGUCAUAUCGCUCGUUUAAAUUUAAUGAAUGUGAAGAAGAUAUUGUACUAUGUACAAGAAGCUAUUCCAGUUCGACUAAAAGCUAUACACAUACUCAAUACUGUGCCCAUAAUAGACACGCUAUUGAAUAUGAUAAAGCCUUUCGCGAAAGCAGAAUUGCUCAAGCUUGUGCACUUCCAUUCGAGCUUGGACACAGUGCUAGAGUUUUUGCCCAUCGAAGCUUUGCCAAACGAAAACGGCGGAAAAGCGGGAUCUAUCGACGAAAUAGUUACAAAACACAUCGAAUUAUUGGAAGAAUUCCGCGAAUGGUUUCAAUACGACGAGCUUGUUGGACGAGUGAAUGAAUCCUUACGAGUUGAGAAAUGCCAAAAUACAGAAAGCUUGUUCGGUGUGGACGGUAGCUUUAAAAGAUUGGAGGUUGAUUAACUGAAUAAAUACGAAAUUAAAUAUCUUUCAAAAA